UUCAUCUUCAUCUCUUUACAAGGGAUGAGGAUGACGCUGGGGGAUGGAUUUGGUGGUGCUGGUGCUGGUGCUGGUGGAGCAUACUUUGACCCGGAUUUUGAUUCUCUUAUUGAACGCAUUCAAUCACCCAGGGUGUGUAUAGACAACGAGACUCGCCAUGAUUGCACUCUUGUCAAGGUGGACAGUGCAAAUAGGCCUGGGAUACUUCUGGAGAUGGUGCAGGUGCUCACUGACCUGGAUCUUGUGAUUUCAAAGUCCUACAUCUCCUCUGAUGGUGGAUGGCUCAUGGAUGUGUUCCACGUGACGGACCACCAAAGGGAAAAAAAGCUGACCGACCAAUCACUCAUCCUUUAUAUCCAACAGUCGCUGGUUGUUGGGAGGAAAGAGAGUGCCAGAGAGGUCAGGACUUGUUUAGGGAGGCUGGUGGGCCCAGGACACCUGGCGGCAGAACACACUGUCUUGGAGUUCACGGCGGCGGACCGGCCAGGGCUCUUGUCGGAGGUCUCCGCCGUGCUCGUCGAGCUAGAUUGUCACGUGCUGUCCACCCAGGCAUGGACACACAACUCACGUGCCGCUUGCAUCAUGACUCUUGUGGACACCCCUUCCGCCCGGCCCAUUGUAAGCCGUGAACGUUUGGGCUAUGUGGAGGAACAGGUUGGGAGUGUAGUGGGGGCCCAUCGUGGGCCCGGUGAGAAAAUGCAUGUUAGUUUAAGUGGGCCCACUCCUGGUCGAGUCCAUAGUGAGCGAAGGUUGCACCAGUUGAUGCUGGAGGAUGGGGACUAUGAGGAAAGUCCUUUGCCGUUGCCGGUUGAAGGGGACCAGUUUGCAAAGGUGAACAUUGAGGAGAGAAAGAAGGAGUCUAUGGGGUUUGGAUCAGGUGCGGCGAGGAUGGUGACACAAGUGUCAGUGGAUAGUUGGAAGGAGGGGUAUUCGGUUGUUAAUGUUAGGAGUAGAGACAGACCCAAGUUGUUGUUUGAUACUGUGUGUGCAUUGACGGACAUGCAGUAUGCUGUGUUUCAUGCUGCUGUUAGCUCUCAUGGACCGGUUGCUCUGCAGGAGUAUUACAUCCGGCGAGUAGAUGGGUGUACAUUGGAUGCGGAGGUGGAGAGACGACGAGUUACUCGGUGUUUGGUUGCAGCGAUUGAACGCAGGGUAUCUCAUGGAAUGAGGUUGGAUGUUUGCAUGAAAGAUAGGGUAGGAUUGAUAGCAGAGAUCACAAGAGCAGUACGAGAGAAUGGGUUGUCUUUGGCAAGGGUAGAGUGUAGAUUGCAGAGGCAGAUGAUGGUAGGGUCAUUUUAUGUGACCGAUGCGUCGGGAGGGGGAGUGGUCGAUGAAAGGAGGGUGGAGGCGUUGCGAGAGCAGAUUGGUGCCGGUGUUGAUCUGGAGGUGAAGGGCUUAUCGCCAAUGCAGUCUCGUCGUAUCAGCACUAACAACAACCUAGCCUCGUCGAACCAUGGUGAUGGUAGCAGUGCUAGCAGUGAAGAGAAGCCGAGACUAUCUUUAGGGAGUCUGCUCUGGUAUCACAUUGAGCGUCUCUCCAACUUUGGGUCCAUUAGAUGAUGAGACAAGAGAAUGGUUGUGCAG